CCGCCGAGCGGUUGGCAGGCGUGAGGUGAGAACUCCCAUGCUUAGAUACGAGAGGGGGGACCCUUACGGUACCUUUGAUAGGGCUUGGACGUGGGGAGGACGGUAUGGAGUGACUCUUCCGAAGAUUAGAGUGGAAGGCGAGGUGACUACAGAGUUCUUCAAGAUUUACGAGCAGGAGACAGUGAUCAGGUUCUCAGUAGCAUCGGAGGGAGACAGUUGCAUAAGAAAGGCUGAGAUAUUUUUGUCCCCUGACGCCCGGCUAAUCUUCGCUACGGAAUUAGCGGAAGGAAAAGAUCCUCUAGGCGUCGCCGAAAGGGCCCUAGAACGAUUGGGGAGAUUGAGAGGACGUGGCGCCAGGAGCACCACGAUUGAUAAGGUGGAGUACCGAGGGAGGGCGGAGGUUCCGAGAGCAGGCCACGGGAGGACUUGGAAUAUCCCUACCUGGGCCUAUCGACUGCUUUACGCCGGCGACGAGACCGUAAGGAGAGUCCUGUUGAGGGGUCAGGUGAUAGAAAAAUUCUCGUUGGGUGAGGAAGGGGGACCCGAGUUAUUCACCCAGUGCUGGGAGUCGAGAGAGGACACCGAUUUCGAGUGGUGGGCACGCAUUGGGGAGUUCAUCAAGCCUCUAUUCUUCGGGCAGCCUGGUGAUGUGGACAGGGAUUUGAUUAGGAGAUGUGCGCAAGAGGGGGUUAGAGGCAUCUCGUACCUAGAGGUUGCUAAUCUUGCAUUGGCCGCCAGUGAGGAGAAGAAACUGAGGGAUUAUUGGUGGACAGUAACCAGUGAGGAGUCGGAGGGAGAAGGUGCGGACGAGGAUUCUAGUGAGGAGGAGGAGGGAACAGAGGAGGAGAAGAGAUCGGGAAGUAACAGAAACAGCGGUGAGGAGGGCGAGUCGGGUAGUGACACGGACGCCGGCGGAGUUAAGAAGCACAAAACAGUGGCGGAGAAAGUGAAACCCGCCGCGGUCAGCCAGGAUAGAACAGGGGAAGUUACGAUAUCGGAAGAGGAGAUAGACGAUAUCAUCAGGAAGAGGAAAGAGACGGAAGGGCAAAGAAUAACGGCCGAUAGACUGGCCAAAAUGGAUAUAGGAGAUGGGAAUCUCACGGAGAAAGAGAAAGAGUUCAUAGCAAUGACCUUAAGGGGCUGCGAUAAGGUCAUUGCCUUUGACGACUCGGAGAGAGGGAGAAUCGACCCAAGGUAUGCUGGGCCUGCCCGGAUCCACACGGCCCCACACGUCCUUUGGAAGGAUAGGCCUCAAUGGAAGUAUGCUCUAAAGGAGAAAGAAGAGAUAAUGGUCUUCAUCAAGGAAAAGAUCAGGAUAUUUGUCGCGGAACCUUGUGAGAGUGCCUACUCCAAUAAGUGGUUCUUUCUAAGGAAGGGAGGUAGCAACAAACUAAGAUGGAUCCAGAACUUCCAGAGGACCAAUGCAGUCACCAUAAGAGACAUGGGGUCUAUACCUGAGGCCGACUUGCUAGCGGAAGGGUCAGCGGGUCGCUCGAUAUACUCUAUUUGCGAUCUCUUCUCAGGGUACGACGAGAUUCCCCUAGAUUACAGGGACAGGCACAUGACCGUCAUGCAUACACCCUUAGGGCUGGUUCAAAUGAUGGUGGUACCGAUGGGUUGGACGAAUGGGGUAGCCGUGUUCCAAAGGGCCAUGAUCGUGGUCCUCAAGGAAUUCAUACUGGAAAAGGUGGAGGUCUUCCUGGAUUAUUUCCCGAUAAAAGGGCCGGUCGAGCAUGAUGAGACAAAGGUUUUCCCGGAGUUUAGAAAGAUUGUGGCCGACCAUAUGAAAGAUGUCAGAGACGUCCUUGAGAAACUAGACGAUGCGAACCUCACGGUAAGCGGGACUAAGAGUCGCUGGGGCGUAUCCUCCAUCAAGAUAUUAGGGUUCAUUUGCGAUAAAGAGGGGCGGAGGCCCGAUCCCGAGAAACUAGUAAAGUUGAUGACUUGGCCAUCGCCACUCAAAUCCAUAACGGAGGUUCGACAGUUUCUAGGGGUUGUGGGCUACUGGUGAAUCUUCAUAAAAGUCUAUGGAGAGAAGGCGAAACCCCUUAGAAGACUCCUCAGGAAAUUGGAAGGAUGGGUUUGGGGAGAAGAACAAACAUCGGCCAUGGAA